AUACAUUCAUCAUCCCUCUUGGAUACUCAUCGGCCUCGCGAGGUUUCAUUGCUAUUCGACCCAGAGUUGCUCCCGUGACGACUCGCACCUUCCUCGCACAACGCAAACCAACCCCGCCGGGAAACCUUGUUUGACGCCAUCAACGCCCCGCAUUGGGAAGACCACCAACGUCUUUGGACAUCCUCUCAGAAAUACAACGAUCACACCACCCUUCGUCGAAACCCACAUCCAUCCAUCAAAAUGGCAGCCAAGAGCGCCCUGCCCUCUCACCUCAAGUUCUCCGCCAAUGGAAACAGCGACAGCAUCGACGGCGGCAGACAUCAUGGAAAGUCUCAGUCCCAUGUGGCUUUCGAAAACACUUCCACCUCCGUUGCUGCCUCGCAGAUGCGCAAUGCCCUCAACAACCUUGCAGACACCGUCAAGGACCCCAAGCAGAAGCAGCGUUUCGAGACGGAAAUGGACAACUUUUUCUCCCUCUUCCGCCGCUAUCUGAACGACAAGGCAAAGGGCAACGAGAUUGAGUGGUCUCGCAUCGCUCCCCCCAAGCCCGAGCAGGUUGUCGACUACAACACCCUCAGCAACACCGACUCUGUCGAGUUCUUGAGCAAGCUCGCCGUGCUCAAGCUCAAUGGAGGUCUCGGUACUUCCAUGGGUUGCGUCGGCCCCAAGUCCGUCAUCGAGGUCCGCGACGGCAUGUCCUUCCUCGAUCUGUCCGUCCGCCAAAUCGAAUUCCUCAACCGCACUUACGACGUCAAUGUCCCCUUUGUCCUCAUGAACUCCUUCAACACCGACUCCGACACGGCGUCCAUCAUCAAGAAGUACGAGGGCCACAACAUUGACAUCAUGACCUUCAAUCAGUCCCGCUACCCGCGUAUCCUCAAGGACUCGCUCCUGCCCGCACCAAAGACCGCAGACUCGCCCAUCUCCGACUGGUACCCUCCCGGCCACGGUGACGUCUUCGAAUCCCUCUACAACUCCGGCAUUCUCGACAAGCUGCUCGAUCGUGGCGUCGAGAUCCUCUUCCUCUCCAACGCCGACAAUCUCGGUGCGGUUGUCGACUUGAACAUCCUCCAGCACAUGGUGCAGACAAAAUCAGAAUACAUCAUGGAGUUGACGGACAAGACAAAGGCCGAUGUCAAGGGUGGUACCAUCAUCGACUACGAGGGCCAGGCACGUCUGCUUGAAAUCGCUCAAGUGCCCAAGCAGUACGUCAACGAGUUCAAGAGCAUCAAGAAGUUCAAGUACUUCAACACCAACAACGUCUGGAUGAACCUGCGCGCCGUCAAGCGUGUCGUGGAGAACAACGAGCUCAGCAUGGAAAUCAUCCCCAACGGCAAGAGCAUCCCCGCCGACCGCAAGGGCGAGGCCGACGUCAGCAUCAUCCAGCUCGAGACGGCCGUCGGCGCCGCCAUCCGCCACUUCAGCAACGCCCACGGUGUCAACGUGCCGCGUCGCCGCUUCUUGCCCGUCAAGACCUGCUCCGACCUCAUGCUCGUCAAGUCGGAUCUCUACACCGUCAAGCACGGCCAGCUCGUGUUGGACCCCACUCGCUUCGGCCCGGCACCGCUCAUCAAGCUCGGCAACGACUUCAAGAAGGUGUCCAGCUUCCAGUCGCACAUUCCCUCCAUCCCCAAGAUGAUCGAGCUCGACCAUCUGACCAUCACCGGUGCGGUCAACCUUGGCCGUGGUGUGCAGCUGAAGGGCACGGUCAUCAUUGUGGCUACGGAGGGCCAGACCAUCGACAUUCCCCCGGGCUCCAUCUUGGAGAACGUGGUGGUGCAGGGCAGCUUGAGAUUGCUGGAGCAUUAGAGACUUUCGGGAAGGAUUGUGCGCACGUGACUUGGUGGAUGAGAGAGAAUUAGCAUUGCGAAAAGGCGGCGUCGUUUUAACUACUUGCUUUGAAGAGAUGGAAGAACUUUGUCGAUGGCGAAAGAAAGCCGAGAACAUAAUAUCUGUAUGCAAGUAUGACUCUGAACUCUGAGAUAAUGGAA